GAAAGUGCUGAGCAGAAGCUCUCUCCUCCUUCAAUGGACUCCAUCUCUCUGAGCCCAACAAUCUUUUUUUCUGCUAAAGGAAACAUUGAAUACCACCACUAAUCAUCAAGUUUUAAUCCUCCUCAUCUCUCCUCCUCGAAAAGUUUCUUUGACUUUGCUGCUUCGCCAUAAACUUCUGUCGGACUAAAGGAGCUUCCAGCGUGGCGUCGUAAACACUGAUGGGCGAAAACAGAACCAGACCUAAAAUAGAAUCCUGAGGUGUGAAAACGAUUUCCGAGACUCUCGUGGAUUUAGAGGGUGGAGGCUGAUUUUGAGUCAGCCAGACUCAAAGGGAGGAGGCAGACCGGUAGAAACAGGGAGGCAGAUCAAAUUUAAAAAUAGCCUACCUUGGUCCUAGUUUUGCCCCCUGGACCACGAUGGGUUCAGACGUGCGUGACCUGACCUCCAUGCUGCCCCCCCUCUCGGCGGGCCCCAGCCCCGGCUGCCCAGCACUUCCCGUCAGCACGGCCCCUCAGUGGGCUCCUGUCCUGGACUUCCACACCGCAGCCUCCCCAUACUCCUCCUUGGCCGCCCCGCACUCCUCCCUGGGGCCGCACUCCUUCAUCAAGCAGGAGCCAAGCUGGGGGGCCACGAGCGACCCCCACCUACACGAAGCGGACCCUCACUGUGGCCUCAGCGCCUUCACCGUGCACUUCUCCGGACAGUUUACGGGAACCGGGGCCUGCAGGUACGGGGCGUUUGGGGCCCCUCCACCUGCACCAGCACCCCCCAGCCAACCUCCAUCUGUGGCGGCCCCCCACCACCACCAGCCCCCUAGCAGGAUGUUCAGCAACCCCCCCUACCUGACCAACUGCAUGGACACCCAGCAGGCAGCCCGCAGCCAGACAGGUUACAGCUCAGUUGCAUUCGAUGGAGCCAGUAAUUAUGGCCACACUCCUACACACCACAGCUCACAGUUCUCCAACCACUCCUUCAAACAUGAAGACGCUUUAACACAGCAGAGCACUAUGGCUCCAUGGCCCUCACCUAGGGAGUGUCUUGUCCCUUAUCCUGACGUCUCGGCAGUGACCUCGUCUGUCGGAGCUGAGCCUCAGUAUCCUGUUCCUCCUCCUGUAUAUGGAUGUCACACACCCUCAGACAGCUGUACAGGAAGCCAGGCUCUGCUGUUAAGGAACCCCUACAACAGCCAUGCAGCGGGCUAUGACAGUGAACCCAACACCCCCAUGUUGUACAGCUGCAGCACACAGUACCGCAUACACACACAUGGAGUGUUCAGGGGCUUACAGGAUGUGCGGCGGGUGCCCAGCAUUGCUCCAGCCAUCGUGCGGUCAGAGAGCAGUGAGAAGCGUCCCUUCAUGUGUGCCUACCCAGGAUGCAACAAACGAUACUUCAAGCUGUCUCACCUGCAGAUGCACAGUCGCAAACACACAGGGGAGAAGCCCUACCCGUGUGACUUCACAGACUGUGGACGGAGAUUUUCUCGCUCCGACCAGCUGAAGAGACACCAGAGGAGACACACAGGAGUUAAACCGUUCCAAUGCGAGACGUGUCAGAGAAAGUUCUCUCGGUCUGACCACCUUAAGACACACACCCGGACUCAUACAGGUAAAACAAGCGAGAAGCCGUUUAACUGUCGUUGGCCCAACUGUCAGAAGAAGUUUGCCCGGAGCGAUGAGUUGGUGCGACACCACAACAUGCAUCAGAGGAACCUCACCAAGCUCCAGCUGGCCAUCUGAGGCCACCAUCAGCCCUAAACGCAUUUUAAACAUAAACAUGUGGGUUACAUCUGCUUAUAUUUUCUUUCCAUGGUUAAUCCAAACCGGGCGACCCCAUUUGCACCCGAGAAACUAGCCCACUGAGGGGGAACCAGAGGAGUUCUAAUGGGUCUCUUAAAAAAGUUCCUAGUUUUACAUCAUUAUGACUUGUGGAACUAAAUACCACAGUCUAAACUCUGAUAGGAAAGUCUUAACAUAUAAAAAAUCUGGCUAUGAAACCUAAAUCGAUACAGAGCUUAGAAUUCAAAGGAUAAAGCUGAAAAUAUUCCAUAUCUUUAUUAUAGCCGACAAAUCCCAUUAAAAGACCAAAACCAGCAAUACUUUAGGUCGUGUGACAUUAAUCAAUUACCACCUUGGCACCACUUUGUUGAUAGAGUGGGUUGUCAAAGCCAAGGUGAAAUCAGUUGUAAGAUUGUUUCUCAUAGUAUUCAAGUUGCAUUGUUUUGGUAUCUGAUAAACCUUCAAACUUAACAAGCUCAGCUGCUUUUUUUUUUUUUCAACAGCGCCGUUUUAGCUGAAUUUGUUCCUACUGAAGAUGUAAAUCUACAAAAUGGGUUAAAAAAUACCUUUAUGUAAUAUAUAUUUAUAUUUAAAAACGCUAAUCUUGAAUCUUACUCAAACAGAUGUAAUUAUAGCAUUGGGACUCAAUUCCGCUGCAUAUAAACUUAAAAUAAAUGACAUGUCUAUGCUCAUGUUCAUUGUGGAAUAUGUUUCGUUGUUCUGAAUAUUUCAGAACAACAGUUUAGGUCUUUGACAUUGUCAAUGCUUGUCAUUAAAGAGGCCCUAUUAUGCUUUUUGUGGUUUUCCCUUUACUGUAGUGUGUAUAUGUUUUUGUGCAUGUUAUUGGUCGGAAAGUUCCCUCCGGAGUAGUCAAACCACCACCCCCCAACAAAGUCACAUCACUAUGUAACACUUCCACUUCAACUCAUUGUACUUGAUAGGCUAAGGACCGGGAUAUAUUCGACACCUCUCCAAGUGACUGACCAAUCAGAGCAGACUGGGCUCUGGUUUCAGACAGAUGGUGAUAAGAUUUGCUGCAGCACAGGCAGUAUGAGAAAAAUAAAGAGCUUUUUGAACAUUAAAGCAUGGAGACAUGUCACAGUAGAGACACAAAACACGGAUAUGAAACUUGAAAAUGAGCAUAAGGUGUCGUAAUAGGAUUAAAUCAUUUUUGGUUUUGGUCUUUUAAAAUCCAGAAUAUCCCUUCACUUAUCCUAUAAGAAAUACUGCCUCAUUCUAAAUUAUAGCAUCAUAAAGUGAGUCAGUAAAUCUGAAAAGAGCAUCAUUUUUUGGUUUUCUGUUUUAAUCCACAGGCAAAACAUGGCCUUCCAUUUCCAAGUUUUGGUAUAUUUGCACUUCAAGACUAUUUAAUCUCAAACAGAAAUGUUUCAAACUAAUCUGUAAUGUUAUUCUCACUCUCAAUAGUUAUUUCUUGGCAACGUCUACCACCAUGUGUACAGUGAGGUCAAAGGUCAGCUACAUAUACGCCCCUGUAGCUUAGCAUCUUUAAACUGUAAAUAUUUAUCAUGUUAAUUUGGGAAGGUUUAUUUAUUAUCUUCAUGUGGACAAAAUUGCUUUCACUGGAAUAAAGUAGAGAUGUUUCUUUUCAAGUAGUGAGGUGUUUUUUUCCUCCUAUUAUAGUUUUUAUAUCAUAAAAGAUAAUGCUGGGUUUGAUUUUAUGAAAUAAAGAUAAGUGAAUAAUUUGCACCCUGAGCAAUGUUUGCAAUGUAAGCUUUAGGUGUCUGGUUAGCAUAAAAUACGCAUUGCAAACACAUAUAUGCCUUGAGGCUGUAUUUAAAAAGCUUUUUCUUUUAGAAUAAUUGGAUUUCUCUUUUUUCAAGCUCUUGCAAUCGUCUCUGUGGUGUGUAAAUAUUGCUGGACUUCUAACAUAUGUCUGUUUGGUCACACUGGCUCUGUGGCCGGGACAGUCUGGUCAAGAUGUAAAUAAUACUUCUACACCAUGGGAACUGAACUCUUUCCAUGGGGGAAAAAAUAUGUACCUUAACUGAUAUAUUUGACACUUUUCUUUGGAUGGAUUCAGGAAGUGUUCAUACUUAAUUUCUCUUUCUUUCAUGUGUAUUUGAGUCUUAAAAAACAAAUGUCAGUGAUGCAUUUUGUACUCAAAUGUGUGAAAACAACUGUUUCUGUCUGUUUAAAUGUAUUGUGACUCUUUUAAUAUAGCUUGCCUGUGUGCUCUUUAUUUA